AUGGCAAAAAAGUCAGUAAAGGAGUGUGAAGUGGCAAAAGUAAAGUUGGACAAGUUAGAAAAUAAGAUGAGAUGGAAAAAUAAGUUGAAAGAUGACAACGAAUGGAAAGAACAAGUGUUAGUAGAAUUUAAAGUAGAAAAAGGCGUAGAGAAGGUUCCAACUGGAAUACUUCUGAAUCAAUUUAUGCCUAGAUCCGAAAUUUCACCAUUCUAA